GCGAGCCGAGCGAACGCGCCGUAUAUGCGGCACCGAGAAGCGUGCACCCGCGCGCGCAGAUAUGCGCCCGUCGACCGCACGACGAUAGAGAGAGAGCUUUUGGAUGGAUUUAGAGCGCAGUGAAAUAUGCCAAGGAGACGGAAUGGGGAGAUACCGCUUCCGGAAGGGUGGGACGUCGCCCAGGACUUCGACGGGAAGGUGUACUUCAUCGAUCACAACACGCGGAAGACUACGUGGAUCGAUCCCCGAGAUAGGUUUACCAAACCCCAAACGUUCGCGGAUUGUAUCGGGAACGAGCUUCCCCUCGGCUGGGAGGAGGCCUACGAUAAGCACGUGGGCGCCUACUACAUCAAUCAUGUCAAUCAGACAACUCAACUGGAAGAUCCAAGGCAGGAAUGGCGAGCCAUUCAGGAGGCCAUGCUUCGCGAGUAUAUGCAGACCGCACAUGACGUACUCGAGGCGAAGAAGGAGAUCUAUGACGUAAAACAGCAAAGGCUCUGCCUGGCGCAGGAUGAGUACAAUCACCUCAAUAAUGCCUUAACCACCCUUGGCGCAUCGCGUACAAGUUUGUGUUCCAGCUCGAGUUCCUUGAGCACCAAAUACGACCCUGACCUGCUUAAAUCGGACGUGGCACUCGCGAGGAGCCGAGUUUCUCGACUGAAACGAGAACUCGAGCAGAUUCGAGCGGAGAUGAAUUGCACGCAACGAGGAGUGGAUACUCUCGCCAGUGUGGAACAAAAAUUGAGCAGCCAUCAUGGUGGAUGCUACAAUAUCAUGGAGGCGCAGGCGAUCAUGACGGAGCUCCGCAACAUCCAGAAGUCGUUGAGCUCGGGCGAGAAGGAAAAGGCCGAGUUGAUGCAAUCGCUCGCGCAGUUAAAGGACGAACUGACAAGGUUGCAGCUAUGCGAGGGCAGUCCGGAAGCUAGCACGCUCAGCUUGCCACAGGAGAAGCUCAGCACGGCUUCCCAGACCGAUCUCUCGGGCGAGCUGGUGCCGAUCGGCACUCGGCUGGCCGAGAUGGCGCGAAUGAGGCUGCAAUACGACGAGGCGAGAAAACAGAUCCAGCAUAUACAACAGCAGUUGGCGGAUCUCGAAGAGAAGGUGACGCCGGGUCAAACCGAGAGCGACAAGGACAAGCUGCUACUGUUCCAGGAGAAGGAGCAGUUGCUGAGAGAAUUGCGUAGUAUUACACCGCGUACGAGGACGCAGCAGGACAUGAAGAAGAUACAGCUGGAGAUUCGCAGGCUCGAGCAGGAUCUUAAUACCGCGUUCGAGCUUUCGAACAAGACCAUUACCGAUCGCGUGCGACUCCACGAGGAGAAGCAGCUGUUACUGCAGCAACUCAGGAACGCGCUGCGCUCAAUGGCGAUGUUGGAGGGCCAAUUGAAGACUUUGAGCGCCAGCACGUUGUCGGUGAGCAGCAGUUCCAGUCUCGGAAGCCUCAGCACGACGAGCAGCAAGGGUUCCCUAAGUUCCGGACUGAGUUUCACGGACAUUUACGGUGGCCCGCAGUGUAUGGGAUCGGUUAACUUACAGCAGGAGCGACCGGUCGAUAUGGUUGAUCUUCACAGACGUGUCGAGAGACUGUUGCGUGGUUCCGAGCAGAGCAAUCUCGUCGGCACACCCUCGCCCGGCAGAUCUCAGCCCAGUCUCUCCCCAAGAUCGAGCUUGUCCAGCGUCAGCCCGCCGGUGUCGCCGUUGUACGAAAACGCGCCGAUGGGCCCGCCGCCAGCUUACGAGCAGGUGGAGCAGCAGAGGAGGCAGUAUCAGAGAGCAGCACCUGCGACGGCUACGACAACGACGGCGAUUAGCGGCACUGUCGCGUCGCACCUGGACGGGAAUCAAUUGGAGGACCGUUUGUCAGAAUUCAGGCUGAGUCAGCAGCAAGGAGUAGCGCCGCACCAAGAACAGCCCUGCUCCGUCAAUUCGCAGGAUCGUCUGAAACUCGUGAUCGGUCCUCAUCCGCCCGUCGAGCUGCAGUCGAGUAACAUGUCCCAGGGCAGCGGCCUGGGCAGGCCCGGCGCGAGUGGCGCGCAGCUGCAACUGCAGCAGGCACCGCCGCCGUCCCUGCCGCAGGAGCCACCUCCCUUGUCGCCGAUCAGCGAGACGCCACCGCCUACCGGGAUCAGGUCUAGGGCCAGCAGUUCCGGCACCAACACCAGAUCCGUCUCCGCCGCGGUCUCCGACGAGAGCGUCGCGGGUGAUUCGGGUGUCUUCGAGGCGUGCAACCGGAAGAGAUUGUCCGGGCCCAUUUCCGACGUGGACCCGUUAGCUUCCAGCGAAAUGAGCUUGGAGACGGCGCAGGUGCAGAUUAAACUGAGGUAUUCGGUGAGCGACGGACUGCUCCACGUUGGCAUCGAGCGUGCGAGAAAUCUGGCCGCGCUUUUCAUACCCGAUAACGCGCAAGUGUACAUCAAAGCCGCCCUGCUGCCGAUGCAGCCGCCCGUCAACCACACGUGCUGCACGAAAUCCGUCGUCGAUCUGCGAAAGCCGACCUUCGGCGAGACGUUCCCGAUCGCCGUGCCGCUCAACAAGCUGUACACGAAAACGCUGCAGGUGACACUCUGGUGCACCGAGGCCGAGAAAUGUUUGGGUUCUGCGCAAGUCUCGCUGGCAGACUUCAGUCCAGAAUCUCCUAGUGUGAAAUGGUACAAUAUACUCUCCUUCCGCUUCAUGCAACCGUCCGACAGCUCCGGUACCAGUAGCAACGGCGCCUCGACGAGCGUCAGACUGGCGAAGCACGACAAGCAGGAGUCGGAUAUUUCGGUGUACAGGAGCGCGCAAAAUACAAAGGAGGAGAGCAGCGACGAGAGUACGAUAAUCAGUUCUCAAACGUCCACCUUGACGAGAAACCAGGGAUGCGAUGAACUGCAAACAGCCGUGACGCUGAGGCUGGAAGAGCUGAAUUGUCUGCACAGCCCGGAGGAGGAGGACGAGGACGAUGGUAGCGAAAGCGGAAGCGAGGACAGCGACGAGGAAGGUAUCAUCGUGGAGUUUACGAUGGAGGAUAACGUUCUUGAGGAUGUUUUGGAGCACGAGGAAGACGAAGAGUUGAACGAGGAAACGAGGCAAACGCAGGACAAGGAAACAAACACCGAGUGCAUAUUUAUUCCGGAACAGGGUAAGCAAAGGAAGCUCUCCGCGGCUGGUGUCGCACCUGGCGCUAUUCACGACGACAAGAACUCUAUUGUGAUCAAGAGGAGUCAAACGUUCUCGCCUAGCGCGGCCGUCAGCAGAAAUCAUUAUAUCUGCCGGCUCAAUCGCAGCGACAGCGACAGCAGUAUGCCACUUUAUCGUAGAGGCGGACCUUUCCAACGAAACUCGGUGGAGAGACGUUCCCUGCGAUGGCGUCGACCGUCCUCCGCCCUCAGCUACAAAGCCACGAAGAAGUCGUCCCAUUUACCGCCGACAGCGAGGACGUCGUUGGAUCUCGAAUUAGAUCUCCAAGCGCAGCAUGCUAGACUGAACAACCUCCAAGAUGAGCUUAGCAGGUUACGCGAAUUGAAGCAACGGCUGGAACAAGCGCGCGAGAAAGGCGACACCGACCUAGCGACAUGGCUGCUGGAAGACCAGAAAUUCCAAAGUCUCAUAGCGCAGGCCGAGAGCGGCAAGAACGGCAAGAGUCCCGAGGAUAAAAAGGUGGAGAAGAUGCUGAAGAAAACCUCAAAAGAGAUCUACAAAUUAAGGAAAACGAAGGCCGGGAAGGGGAAACCCGACAUAAUUUCCUUCAAAGAAAAGAUGGCCUUCUUUACGCGGAUAAAUCUGAACGUUCCUGUUCUGCCACCUGAGGAGACCGAGGGCACGUGUUCUGCGGCACCGCACGCGCACAGGAAGUACGCGUCGGAGCCAGCCGUCGUCACCAGCGCUCACGGUUUCGUGAAUUCGUUGACGUCACGGCCGAACAACGUCCCCAGCGGAAGUGCAUCGCCCGUCACGAAAAGCGGCGGUGUCGCGGAUCGAAAUGCCGCGAGUGUCGUCGUCACGAUUACCAACGAGGAUGAGGUCGCGUUGUCCAACGCCGACGGCAAGUCCGUGAAUGCUAAAGGUCGACCGGCGGUGGAGACGGACGCGCGAAGUUCGGAGAACGGUGAGAGAGAGGCUCUAUCGAAGUCCGCCGAGAAGAAUGGCAACGGGGAGCCGAAGAGGUACGAGUAUGUCGUCGACCGGGUCCUCGGCGUGGAGGUGUGAAGGUCCGAGGAUCGCGCGCAUUCCAGGCUGUAGCGCGACGGAGCUGCAGUUCCGCGUUCACAGAUCUGUUUCCCCUCGUGUUUAAAAUAGCAGCAAGACGAGGGGAGAUGCGAGAGAGAAAGAGAGAUGCAGGGGUCACGAAGUCGCUGGCCCCCUAACUCUGAAUCCCUGGUGCCAUGCGCAGAUUAUAGGACGCGAGCAUCAAGGAGCUCGAGGGACGAGAUGCGCCAAGGAUGGAUUGUUGUCGACAAACUGCGCGCUGCGAAGCUGUAGUCGAUGUGACCAGUGAUCACGGUGCAUGUGCCAAUGCCGGGUGUCAGAAGCAACCUCUUCGACGGACGCAGCGGCGAGAAUUACGCGCGUACGCGAGCGCGAUUGUGUACAUAUACAGAAACGUAAAUUAUUUAAACGAUACUCUCUACGAUAGGCUAUUUAAUUGUUUAACCCGACUCGCCCGAGUCCACGUCGCGAAAUCGCGGCCGCGACACCCUCGCAUGUCGUGUCGUUCCCUCUGUGCGUCGGAAGCACAUGACCCACCGAGCAGCUGGUCUGCGACUCGAAAGUCUAACGAGAGGAAAAGCCGCGCCCAGGUUGGUUAGCGUGUUUUGCUGCGACCUCGGUGCCGCCGUUUUGCAACGCGUUUCCUAACGCCGAGUUCCCGGAUCGCGAUCAAAUCCAGCGGAAACGAAUUUCCAAGUGUCCUUCACGCGUAUCGAUUCUGGCAACACCGCGAUUCGUAACUUCCAAAUUUAACAAAGCUUGAUCCUCUGUUACGCCCGGAUCUUUUUCUCUCUUUGAUUUGAAUCAGAUGAAAUACUCGCGCGAGUUCUGCUCGCUAAUCUUUCAUGGCAAAUCGAAUCAGCUGCAACUUCAUUCUUAUCCCUUCAGCCUCAGCUAUGGAAUUUUCGAAAUUGUGAUCAGAUUGUUCGUUUUGGGAAAGUUUUAGAAAACAGACUGCCUUAUCCCAACCGGUCUCGGACGAAUGUAGACGUUCGUUGACUACCGUCCGUAGGGACUCCAGGUUCUAGUACUUGAGGUCGUAAGUGCCAGGGAAUUAGGUGGAUGGAGUGAUCAGUAACAGAUCGUGUGUCGUUUCCGGCGAUCUGGAUAUAGCUUGACGUCAUAAUCUUUAUCUGCCUUGAAACACUCCUCCACCAGCGGACCGUGCAACAAUGUGCCUUAUUGUUGAAUUAAUCGCGCGGAGAAAGCGCCGCGAAUAUAUACAGGAUAUCCGAUACGAGAUAUCGUGAUACAAUUGACGAGGAGGUGAUUCCUCUUCUCUCCUCUAAUAAACAAGCGAAAGAUAAUUUUCUCUUAGGUUACAUCAUUUUUUAUGUAAUAUACAUAUAUCUGCCCGUAUUUAUACCGGCGUGGGAGGAUUAAACUGCAAUUGUUUGUAGCGAGCCUCGACAGUUGUAUCAUGAUUUGCCGGACAGUCUGCAUUCUCUAAGCGUUACAUUGCUCAUGUUAUUACACCGGGGAUACAUGUGAAUAUUCAGAUGAAGGCGCGACAACCAAAAAUACUUAUUUCCGCAAAUCAGCGACAACGUUGUGACGAUUCCAAUUAAUCACAACUGCUUUCUUAGAGUAUUUCAAGAUAAGUAUCUAAGUGCCUACAUGUUCGACGUUAAUAAGAUAUACGAAGCUGCAUACGAAAUAAUCUUCUUGAGAAUUCGUUACGUACACAGUCUCUUUUAUAUUGCAUUUGCCUGGACGUAACUGAUUUUACAACGUCGACUUUUUACCUCGUAAUUUGAAUAAGAAGAAAAAGUGAAUUUCAAUUUAUCGUGAUUAUCGAUAGAUAACGGACCGCAAAUAAUCCGGAGAAGUGUAUUAAAAUAUAAAGUGCGUUACUCGAAACAAAAAAAGAAACGUUUGUCGAUUGCGGUAGUACCAUAAAGUAUGCGGAAAAGAGACAUUUCUGGGCGUCGCCUUUAAUGCUAGAACGGCCGUCUUUUUUUUUACGGUAAAAUGCAAUAACUACCCAGUUGAUUUUACCGACUAAAAGAUAUUUUGAGAUGUAUUUAAGACGAUCCUUAAAUAUAAAAAUUGGCUGUAAACAAGCCUUAGUGUGCACUCAGUGCGCACUAGUGCAAGCAACCGAAUUCGCUAUAAGAUAAAGAAACAAAUUUCAUUGUCGUUUGACAUACGAAUACUUUUAACUUGGCCGUUCUAGUGUUAAUGCGGGAGAUAGAAAAUCCCGAUUCUUAACACAGAUUGUUGACGAGAGAUAUCUCCAAGGUAACGGAUGCCAUAUUACGUGUAUAUGAAGGAGCCCAAGAUGUAGGUGUUGGCAGUUAGGGAAGAGGAGGGUGAUAACGAAAGAAAAAAAAAA